AUGACUCAGCGAAAUGGAAUCAGGGGAACGAGCGAUUGCUGCCUGCACAUGGAGGCCUCCACGGUUCUCCAGCAGGCCAACAGUAUGGAGGAAAUGCAGGAAGCCAACGGCCACGAACACGAGGAGAGGGGGCAGGGAGGCGAAGGCAGACACUCGGGGCCAGUAGCAGUGGUGGUCACGGCUCCAGAUGGAGGCUGGGGCUGGGUGGUGGUGGUAGCCACCAUGGUGGAUUUGGCGUUGACCUUGGGGUUUCCCUCCUGUGUGGGAAUCUUCUACACCGACUUGCAGAAUGAGUUCAACGCCUCCAACAGUGAAACCUCCUGGGUGCCUUCCAUCAUGACGUCAGUGCUUCAUGCAGGAGGUCCCUUAUGUAGCGUGUUGCAGGAAAAAAUUGGCUGCCGAAAAACGGUCAUGUUGGGCGGAGUCCUGAGCGGCCUGGGGAUGGCGACGAGCUCAUUUUCCCGGUCCAUCGUCGAGCUUUACAUCACCGCUGGAGUCGUCACAGGACUGGGUUUCUGCUUCUGCUUCCAGCCGGCUAUGGCAAUCAUGGGACACUACUUUGUGCGCCGUCGUGUAUUCGUGAACGCACUGUCCUCCACCGGCACAGCUGUGGGACUGUGCGUUCUGCCUUUCCUGGGAAACUACCUCCACACUGAGUUCGGCUGGAGGGGCAGCUUUCUUAUCCUGGGGGCUGUCCUGCUCAACUGCUGCGUGUGCGGUGCUGUGAUGAGGCCUCUGCAGCCCAACAGGCCUCGAGGGCAGCCGCUGAUGAACCACGGACCUCCUCCUCCGGACGAGGACAAUGACGGGAAAGAAAAGGGCAGGGUGAGGACGAUAGUGAGCCGCAUUGCGGCCGCCGUGAUCAAACACAUGGCCUUCGAUCAGCUCCGCAACAACCGGCGCUACCGCGUGUACUCCAUCGGCAUCACGUGGAUGAUGCUGGGGUUUGUGGUGCCGCUGGUGUACCUGGUUCCUUACGCCACAGCCAAUGGCAUGGAGCCGAGCCAGGCGGCCUUCCUGCUCUCCAUCCUGGGGAUCGUCAACAUCGUGAUACGGCCUCCUUUUGGCGCCAUCCUCGGCUUCAGCUGGUUCAAAGGGCGACACAUUUACGCAUUCGCCUUUGCGCUGCUGAUCAACGGACUCAGUAACAGUAUUUGCACCAUCGGGGCCAGCUUCCCCGUGCUGCUGGUCUACGUGGUGAUCUACGGGCUGUCCAUGAGCGUGGUGGGCUCCCUCAUGUUUACUGUCCUCAUGGAUACCGUGGAGAUGAGCCGCUUCCCUUCCGCCCUGGGCCUCCUCUCUGUCAUGGAGGCCUUCACGCUGGUCGCAGGACCGCCACUGGCAGGAGCUCUGGUGGACAGUACAGGCCAUUACUACCACGUCUUUCUUGCCUGCAGUGCCGUUGUUUCCUCGGCCGCCGUGUUCCUCAUGGUGUCCUUCUACUUGCUGGAUAAAAAGGAGAGGAGGCAGGGUAAGCCCUCCACGCCGCCCGACCCCCCCAUCGAGUCGGCUCCCGGCUGCCAGUACCGCAGCGUGCCCACAGAGGGCGACAGAGACAAGGCCUCGGCCAACGGGGCAGAAUUCACCACCAGCACCUGAACCUGCUCACACUGUGCGUCACCUUUAACACGCAGACGGUCCGGCAAGUAAUUCCUAAUGUUUGCGGCAGCUCGCCAGGUGUUUACUUUAGCAUGGUCAGAUGAUCACACCUGCUGUCCACCUGCAGCGCCAUUAAACACACGCUAUGGAUGGUCUGCACUGUUACAUACCAAAAUGAACAGAUGUGCACUUAGAACUACAAUGUGAUUGUACCGUUUCUCGUAAAAUGCUGCUGAUCUUGUAACACAAUCUUUCACACAUGAGGUAUCUCACUUCAUCAAGCCAAGAUACAUACAUGACCCUUUUGUUUAAAUCAAAAUCAUAAAUGGUUGAUUGCUGGAACAGGGUUUUAAAGGCGUGUUAGUGUCUUACGGGUUUACAGACGUAAGGGGAAGGUGAGCUCUUGCUGAUGAUGAUACAGCAAGUGAUGGUGGUUUUGGAUUCCCACUUUAUACCUUCAUGUAAAAUAGUGCAUCCCUCAGUAAAUAAUAACAAUGAGAGCAGCUGUGAUUGGACACCAGACCAGUGCUGGGAAACUGCUUCAGUAAUUUGAUUUCAAACACAUUUAUGUAGGAGUCAGUGAACUGACAUGAUAAACGUCUUCAUAUUUCUCAACGUAGUGCCUCAAGAUAAAGUCAUAAUCACCUCCGUAAAGAGCUCACGGUUUCUGUGGAUGUUGGGUGCGAUCCAAACCAGCACAUGCUGCUCGUACUCACCUGAGGGCCGCGCUACAAAGCAAGAUUAGUAGUUUAGAAACAGACGCGAGUUAAGACUUUUGAAUCUGAGUUUUCGAUCGCACUAAUCCCACUAAGCAGUCGGCUAACUGUGCGCACCGUGCUGCCACCGGAACCUGCAUGCGUUCCGUUUCAGAAAAUGCCUAAAUAUGUUUUAAUGUUUGGUCCUGAAUUGCUGCCAAGUUCGUUUUACUGCAACUGAUACGACACAGAUUAGACAAAGGUAGAACAUCAUUAAGUUUGCUUUGAUUUGGCCAAAGUGAUUUCCAUGUAUCCUUCAUCAAGGGACAGUGUUGGACUUAAAUGCACUUGAGUAAGUUAAAGAGAUUAAAAUGUGCAGCUGUCCUUUUAGGUACAUUAGCUUUCACUAUUGGCAGUUUUCUACCAGCGAUCGUGUCUUGUGUGUGUUGCAGGAACUGCGGUUUUUAUGAUUAAUUUUUACCUCCUUCAUAUCAAUAAAAUCAUUGUUGAUUUUAGUCUUUUUAAAUGGGAUUUGUUCACUGUAAGAGUCACAUAAACCUGCACCAGCCUUAUCCUGUAAACGCUAACUGCUAAAAUGUUAUUAUAAUAAGCCUUUAAUCGGUCUGAACAAGGUUUAGAAAAUGACAGUCUGCUUGUUUUUUGUGUUUUUUUUUUCAUUUUUUUUUUUACAUGUUUUGUGUUUCAAGCAGGAACGUGUAUCCAUGUGACUGAAUAUAUGAGCAGAUAAGAAGAAGGUCAAAUCAUGUUUUUUUUCCUCCGCAUGCUUCUCAUUCCUUAAUGCAACAGUGCCUUUCCACAUAGGUGGCGUAUUCUUAACGAUUACUCACAAGCACAGGAGAGUUUCACACCUUUUCAGGAACGCGGAUGAUUUUCAAAUUGCAUGUCGCGGUUCUUCAGAGGUAAGACACAUUUCACGAGAGGAAUAAUUGGGACACUGAGCACCUCACAGUGAUCAAAGCUUUACGACACUGAAGACGAGUUCAGUUCUAAUCAGAGGCUCGUCUUGAUAAAUGAUCACAAUCGCGCCACCGGUGUAGUUUUGAACAAAGCUGUUUCAAGGGACUGAAAACCGAAUACACUUUUCAGGUAUAAGCUGCGUUGCAGUAAACAAACCUCUUUCCCACCUGGAGGAUUUUUAGUAAUGUUUAGAGGCUUGUCUUGCUGUGGGCCAAAUUCUAUCUUUUAUUAUGUAUAAAUUCUUUAUUUCUAUGCUGUGAUCAGGGGAUAAAUAAAUGUUUGAAUAUCAAUA